AUGGCAAGUGUGUCGAGGAGGCGCCUGCGGCUGGCGCUGGUGCUGGCAUUGGCACUGGUGCUGGGUGGGGCUGGCGCACCCAUCGGUGAGCGUGAAGGCAAGAGAGUGGCGAUUAUCGGUGCGGGCGUGGCGGGCAGUGCCACCGCCUACUUUCUACGCCACAAUGGUCGCCUCAACCUAACCGAGGAGGACGAACCGAGUAACUUGGUGAUUGACAUGUACGAUGCGAGUGCUGAGCUGCAGUGCGGUCGCGUCAGGUCGAUCGAUGUGAAUGGCAAAACGGUGGAGGUGGGUGGUGCUGUCAUUCACAAUAGCAAUUACUAUGCCACCACACUGGCCAAGCAGCUCGGGCUGGAGCGCACUCUCCCGGCAAAGAUGUUGCUGCGUUAUGGGCUUAGCCCCUUUCGAGUGAACCAUGCCACCUUGGGCGUGCUGCACAGGUUUUCAGAGAUUUACGAGCAACACGAGCAAGGCCAAACCUUUGAGGACAUUGCCGAAUUUGUCGAGAUGAUUGGUGCAGUCAAUUUGACCAAUACGUCUUUGCGCCAAUUUCUGAUCAAUGAGGGUGUGGGAGAGACAUUCAUCAACGAAGUGGUUGCAGGGGUGAUGCGCGUCAACUAUGGACAGUCGGUCGAUGUUCCCGCUUUUGUGGGCUUGGUGUCCUUGGCCGGUGGGACGGACGAUAUCUGGGCCAUUGAGGGCGGAAACUGGAGGUUGUGCGAGGGCUUGCGAGAGGCCAGCACCAUGACGCUGCGCACAAGACACACCAUAACUGGCCUGCAGGUGGCGCCAGCUGCGGGGCCCAAGGACUUUAGACUCGUGUGGACGGAUGAUGAAGGCAAUGUGGUGAGCUCGGAAAAGUAUGACGCAGUGGUGAUUGCCGCUGGCCUGAGCGAGGCCAAGCUGCAGCUGCCCAAGAGUGUGCGCAAAAAGGUGGUUGAGACACCAUAUCAUACGACCGUAGCCACCAUCGUACAAGGACAGCUGCGCGAUCUGUUUGAUCAUUUGGCCUGUGAUCUCCCCGAGGUUUUGUUAACGACGGAGCAUGAGGACCAUCCCUUUUCUAGCCUGGGCCGUCUGGGGAGCCUGCCGGCUACGGAGGAAAUGCCUUGCCCUGGCAUUUACAAGAUUUUCUCAUCUCAGCCUCUGGGCGAUGCGGAGCUUGACGCCUUAUUCGCAACGCAGCUGGCCGAGCCGGAAGUGCGCGUGUGGAAAGCUUAUCCCGAGUAUGGCGUCGGCCAGCCCCACUCUGCUGUCGAGCUCAUGCCUGGGCUGGUCUAUGUCAAUGCGGUGGAGACUGUGGCAUCGGCAAUCGAGGUGUCGCUGAUCGGUGCGCGCAACGCGGCACUACUGGUCGGGCAUCACUUUUUGGCUGAAGCGGAAGGUUCCUACCAUGCUGCCGCCGCUGCCACCGCGACCACAGCCGAGGAUGAGGUCCCGGUGGAAGAGGCCGAGGCGGCGAAAGAACCAGAGGCAGCAGAGGUGGAGGAUCAGGUGGCGGCAGCGCAAGUGUCAAAUGACGAGCAAGAAGCUGGACAUGAUGCCGCACAUGAGCGGGCCAAGUACACCGAAGCGUCCAACAAGGAGCAACACACCAAAGUGUCGCCAGAACACAAAAAGGCCAAGCCGAAGCGCGCUGCCUCGACGGAGGCGCCACCAAAGUCUAAAAAGCGUACUUCGCAGCACACGGAACUCUAG